ACGCGGAGUGGGGAGCGGGCGAAUAGUGCGUAUUCGCGCGCCGCUACGAUUGGAUGUUUGUUGACGUUUUACCUUAUUAUUUUAUCUUAUUAGUGGUGUUUGUAAGUUUUUUCAUCAUUCCCAUCCAAGACAGAAUCUAAUCAUGGAUUUAAGCGUUGAAGAAUUCGUGGAUGGUCUUCUAACGAAGGACGCAGCCGAACAGUCUUCGGACACAGAGAAGACAGAAGAUAUACGCAUGGAUUACCCAGAAUGGUACAGCGAAAAGAAAUACAAUCAAGGGCGCCGCUUCUUCUGGGACAACUGCUUCUCGCUGAUGUCAUCGAUGUUGUUAGGCCUGGUGGCGGUAUUCGCUGUGCCUUCAAUCUUGCGGGUGCUCAUCAGCUCGCGCCGCUCCAACUCACAAUAUACUGCCUACAAGCGAUACCUGUCUACUCUACUGCAUACCGUCUCCUGGUUCGAGAACGAUCUGAAACCCGGCAGCAUAUCUUGGCAAUCAUUAUACACGGUGAGAUGUCGUCAUUCGCGCGCCGACGUCGCCGCAAAGAUGAAGGGCAUAGGUAGAGUCUCACAGCGGGAUAUGGCGCUCACGCAGUUCGGUUUUAUCGGCUUUUCAAUACUUAAGCCGGAUAAAUUUAGUAUCAGACCGAUGCAAUCGGAAGACUGGGAAGGCUACGUUCAUUUCUGGAGGGUUAUCGGAAGUAUGAUUGGUUUACAAGAUCGGUACAAUAUCUGCCGUAAAAACUACCAAGAGACAAAACAGGUAUGCCAACUAUUAUUAGAGCGGGUUUUCACGCCAUCGUUGGACCACGUGCCGGAGUACUUCGAGCACAUGGCGCGGGUCAUGUUGGAGGGGAUGUGGUCGAUCAACCCGACUGUCAACACAUCCGCAUUGUUGUACUGGACCCGGCAUUUAGCAGAUGUACCAGGCUAUGUAUACACUGAGAAGGAGAGAGCGGACUUUCAAGACAAAUUACGGGAACAAUUAAAGGGAAAAUCUGAAGAUAUUGGCAUAGAUUCAACAGUAUUUACUUCUCGGCCAUCUAUAGAAGGAAUAAACGAGCGACCUCCUCGAUUAUUAUAUUUACGGGACUACGAUACCAUCGAAACAAUCCCAGAAUACAAAAACCUACCUUUCGCAGCGAAAUACAAACUUGCAGUCAGCAGCAUUUUAUAUGCAUUCUAUUCAACGUACAUCGGAAAAUUGUAUUUAAAUUUAAACUUCCUCUUUAGUUUAAUACUUAUGAAAUAUUUCCCGUAUUUAGCCUUCUUUAGAUUCGGUAUAAAAUCGUCUUUUGUUAAUAUAUUUGUUGAAGAUCCUGUCGAUAAUACGGAACCGAAACCUAACGCGGAGUAUAACAAACCACCACCAGAAUUGCCCUGGUACAAAGAAACAUUAUCUGUUUUGACAUGGUGAUUAAUUGUUGCCAUGUAAAAAAACUGCCAAUCAGAGUUAAUUGGUGUCCAGAAGACAGUGCAGAUAUAAUGCUUCUUAGAUUCUAUAAUUUUAGAACAAAAAUACCGUAAUACGUAUUAUCUUUAUUUAUUAUUAAUUUCCUAGGCAUUUAUUUUAAUCUGUAUUUAGGCGAAAUCAUAGUGACGUUUAGGAAUUGUUGCUAUUUACAAAAACCUAAUUUAUACUUUAUGGUAGUGUGAAUAAGUAUUAUAUUUCGUUGUUACGUAGUUCCAUAUAUUUGUAAAAAAAGAAUUUAUUAACUACUUAGAUGUAAGUUUUUUGGCAUAUCAAUAAAUACUCGGAGAAAAAAAAACAUUUCGUUUAAGUAAAUAAGAUUCUCGUAAUGAAAUUGAUGGUUGCCAUAUUCUAAAGUUGACCUAGACAUCUAUUAGGUCGCUGUAUUCAAUUAGAAGUCAAGAUCAAAUAUCAGUACCGGUUUUAGUGCUAUUAAUAUCUCCCUGUGCUGUGCGAUUUCUACGGCGCUGCCAUUUUAUCAAGUUUUGUAGGAGGAGACUAACAGACUAUUUCGAGCCAUAGGCUAGCAACAGGCUUAGACACAUAGACUAUGCCGAACAAAGAUUAUUCACUUAUAUACUUAGCACUUGUCAACAAAUAUGCGACUAGUUUCGUCUUGUACUAAAGUAAUUAAAAAUAGUAUUUUAUUUAUUUGACAAUUUAAAGUAU